UCUGUAUGUUUUGUUCUGACCAUUUCAGAUGCAAGGCAGUAAGAUAUUGGGAUGUGUUACUUUGCUACACAGGAUCAUGAAACGGUGAUAUUUGGGAGUGUGUUCUUGCAGUAUGAUGGUGCAGAUUCCAGGACCCAGCAUCUCAUUCAGCACCUUAAGUCUAAGUCAGUCCAGCCAAGAGACUCUAUGACUCUGAACUACAAUACACACUGAGACAUGUGCAGGACAACAGUGUCUAUUGGUUCUGACAUGGCUCAGGAGAAUCCCAUCCAGGAAUCAUUUACACCCAUGGAUACAAGAGUGAUCAGCGUGAGAAGAUGCCUGAUGCUGGGUCUCCUACACAGAGCUGUGUCUACAACCUCCCCAAGAGGAACCUCAGCCUCUUUGAUGCCUGGACUUAAUACUGUCCUGUGGCCAUGCAGGAAAAUACUGUUUUGGAACAAGACCAAGCUGGACAUUGAAGGUCUGACCCCUGUUGUGUCUGCCUCUCCUCCUCCCUCAGUGGUAGCCCAACCUGGAGAUAAUGUUACUUUUCACUGCACGGGUGUCACUGGUGCUCCAGGACAUGUUGGCUGGUUCAAGCAAGACAAUGGCUCAGAGCCUCUGUGCAUCGCGUCUAUGUACAGCUCUGAGCCAACUGUCCAACAUCACAAUGGUUUUCAGCCCAGCCAUAUGGAAAUGUUCAUCAGCCAUAGAAAAAUCUUCCUCAAAAUCACAGAGGUGGAUGUAGCUGAUUCUGGUGUUUACUUCUGUGGAAUGUUUGAUAAACACAUCAUCUUCACCAAUGCGACUGUUCUGAAGGUCCAAGAUCACAAAGAUUCUGAAAAGGACCAAACAGAGCACUGUGAAGAAGUUGCUGAUCCACAGAUGAGAAUCCUGGUCCUUCUCUCCAUCAUAAGAACUGGGGUUCUCCUCUGCUGUCUGACCAUCUUCAUCAUCAUCUACACCACCAGGAAAUAGAUCAAGCUAAGGCCAAUGUCAGUAGAGUAUAUGUAGUUACUUGCUUCACCAAAUCCCAACGUACACGGCCGUCUGUUGGGUAUGGCAGGGUAUCACAGUUAAACAUGUAAAAGUAGGCUACAAAAAAGUAGACUAAAAUCAUUCUAAUCCUGAUUCAAAUACAACAGAUGUUUAGCAUUUUGCCUGGCUGGCUUUAGGACCAUCCGGAGCAUCGGAGCAUCGCUAGGGGAGAAUCUGCCAGCCUGUGCACCUUUCUCUCACUUUAAGAAAACAGAGACAGUGCCAGACAGGCUGGUCAGCCUUUUAGGAAGUUCGCUGAUUGCUUUGAUUUUGAUGUCACAUUUAGCUAAUUAUCUAUAUAAUUACUCGUGCCUACACGGAAAUAAAUAAAAUCAUUCAAAAUACAACAUCAGAGAGCAUGAUUUGGCCACAGAGUAUCAUCUUAUUUAGAAAAUGGUCUGUGGAUUGUUUUAAGCCUGUCAUUUGAGCAGUGCACGUGGCAAGACAAACAGCCUAACUAAUUGCUUAUUGUUGAGUCGUGGUAGUCAGUGAUAAGCUGUUAUAUAGGCCUAGGCCUAUCUAGCAUUAUUUCAAAAUACAAUCGUAAAAGAAAUACAUAUUUCAGAAAGAGAAUGAGAAAAGAGAACACAUUAAAAAGAGUAAUCUGUCUCUACCAAUUGAGCGAAAAGUAGUUGUCAGUGUCAGCAGAGUAACUAAUUUGUUUUGUAUUACAAAAAGAUGUAGCUUAUGUCUCCAGUCACACAAAAUGUAGUAGAAUUGCAUGAAAUAUGUUUAUAUAAGCCCACAUUUUUCCUGUGCAUUGAAUGGAAAAGAAACGUUUCUGAUUAGGCGCUCAGGCUCGCAUUGUUCAGAACUGUCUGCUUUGUAGGAGUGAUUGACAAAUGUGAUUCUAGAUGCAUGAAAUCCUUUAUUAUAAAAGUGCAAUUUUAUGGUGAAAAUAUAUCUUCUCCAAACUAUGGAUGUCGGCCUUGUUGUGACUUGAUAGCGUGCAUUAUGCAUCUAUUUCACAUUGCACUGUAUGUGCUGUUCCACAAGGUUUAAGUCAAUUUAUGAUAAGAUUGAGUAUAUAAUACAGUGUUUGACAUUUUAUUCCUGGGGUCAUUUGUUUUUGCUGUUCUCCCAAUAGCUAUUUAGAGUUUAUAAAUGGUGUAGAAAAAAAAUCCCCCCCCCCUCCCCAUUUUGUCAUACCCUAAGUUUAGCUGAACUGACAAAAUAUUUGAUCAACUUCCAACAGGCAAAAUUCUUCCCAUGUUUACAACUUCUGUUAGCACCUCUACUUGCUCUAUGCCACUGCGCAAAUGUGAUGAUAUGCAUGCACUGCUUUACUACAAAGAUGCUUUACUUUUAUCCGUUCCUGUACUUCAGAGCCCCGGCAUGUCCCGAUUUACAACUUAAGCACUGUGUAUAAGCAUGAAUAAAUAUCACUGUGAACAUUGA